CAAUGGUGGCACUGCCGAGCGGCCCAGGCAGAUCUGCCCGUACAUAGUCAUCGCCUGCCAGUACAGGGAGCCGAAGGAAAUGCCCGUCUUAGCUAUAGAGAGCCUACCUGAGCUUAAUCACAAAGCAUUGUACUGUUCGUGGAGGGGGCAGCUCUCCAUCCGGGGCCAGCUUUUGUGCAACAUCACCCUGAGGACCCCAUACAGCUCCGCGAUUCCAGCCCAACUGCCUCCCAACCUGGACAUUAACCAUGUCAUGGGUUUGUCUGACUUGAAGAAAAAGCUACCAGAAGCUGCAUUUGGGAAAAGAAAUUACAUUGAGAAUGAAGUCUGCUUUCAGGGUGUUUACUUCAGUCUGUAUGAAGUAGAAAUAUCAAACAAGGAUCAAUACAAAAUGGAUCAGUUAGUAAAAAAUCUGAAGGAAAAGGACUUGGCAAUCAUCAAAUAUUUAGAAGAUCAAGGAGUCCUUAUCCUCCUCACGUCCUCUGCCUUGGCGCAAGAUGAUGGGUUUGACCCCAAGGAGCCCGUCAGCCUCCUGGCCCUGUUUCUGUUCACCUCAUCCCGGUCGGUGUGCCCCCGAGGUAGGGAGAUUCCCUUUGCUGCCUUUAGACACUGUGGUUCAGGUGUGGGAUCCUCACCAGAGGGUCCUCAAAGACACAUUCCUCUUGAAGUUCUGAUUUCUCUGCUCAGAACCACCUACAGCUUUAGCACAAGGGAGCAGUCCUUCUCCCAGCUGCAGCAUUAUUUCUCUGAUCCCAGCAGCUAUACUCUGGAAAUGUCGGCUGCCUUAGGAUGUUUGACUGGUGCUGUUCAGUCUCUUUGCUGCGGUUCAGAGGCGGAUUCCAAUUUGCAGUUUCCGCACAGAAGGAAAAGAGGUGCAGAGGUCCUGUCUGCAGAAUUUGUACAUAAAACACAGUCUGAACCUGUUUGGAAGGAAACCUCAGCUCCCAAUGAUCCUGGCUUGGAAACAAAGAGACCAAAGACACUGAAGAACACAGACGUGGAAAAGGUUCCUGUUGCUGAGACCGUCACGAAACCAGUGAAAAUGCUAAAAAGUGUGGCUAACAGCCCAUCGAAACCUCAAGCCAAAAAGCAAGCAGAAAGUGAGUGGAAGGAGCCAUUCUCUGUCCUCCCGAGCGAAGUUUCUUUCCAGUGCCACGGAGCGGAUAGCCAAACGAGUGAGAUGUACCCAGGCGGGGUUGCUGAUCUCAGUUUAGAUCUGAAGGAGAAUGACUACGAGUCCCACGCCUUGAACUUGCUGGCUGAUCUGGCUCUGGGAUCUUGUAUUCCUUCGUUUAUACCCAAGGACAGCGGGAUGGUCGCUGUGUCCUGCAGCCCCUCCAGCGACUCUGCAAAGGAGCAGCAGAAUUAUCACAAGCAUAAAUCCUUACGUGUUGCUUCUGACCAUGAAUACCACAGGGUAGACAAGCUUGCAAAGGGAGCCACCUCUCCUAGCAGAGCAUCACCGAACCAGAAUUUUUCUGCUGAAAAAAUAGACUUAAAUGACUUGGCCUCUAUUCCCAGGGAGAAAAGCCCUGGGAUUUUUAGCAAGAAGAACAGUGUGAGCCCUAGCCCUGCAAAACCCCACGUGUUGCCUCUGAGAGAGACUCAAGAAGCUGCCGAGGUGAACAAGCACUCCUUCAUUUCCGCUGAGCACUCAUAUGCCUCGCAGAUGCCUGAGCACUCAAAGAAACACAUGUAUCCCAGAGGUGCCCCCUACCCUGGACCACAGUACAGCACCCACCACCAGCGGCCCUUUGAGGCUGUGACAAGGCGCAGGAGCAGCCUGCUCUCCCCCAGGCUGAAGGAUGACUUCACCAAGUCCCACACAGUGAACAUCUGCGGCGAGUCCGUGAAGGUGACGUGCCAUUGGGAAGCAGAGUAUCUCUUCAAUUUGGACAGCAGGUACACCAACGAUGCCCUGGAGAAAACCGUCAUCCGCGCCCUGCAUGGGCCCUGGGACCCUGAUCUGCCCGACGACGUGGAAGAGAUGAAGCCUAUACUUCAUAUGUGGGUGGCUCUCUUCUACAGCAAACCCAGCAAACUCCUGAGCAGCACGAGGAAGGUGGUGGAGCACAGCAACCCCGAGAAGUACGUCUCAAUAAACAGCACUGGGGACUUUCUUGAGCUGAGUGAUGAUGGUGAGGACUUUUUUGGGUUGGAGACGUGCCCUGCAGAUUCUAGGUCAGACCCUGACCAGACUCCCAGCAGCUCUCUGGAUCGCAGCACACAUUACCGGGGACCUCUCCGCCCAGAGAAGAACUCUGCCGACUCUCAGACUGAUGCUGAUGGCACUCCUGGUGUUGUCGAUAGUACGGUAUCGUCUUCUUCAGGGGAGCUGCCCUGUGAGGAGGAGGAGCCUUCCUCCACAAGCUGUCCCGAGAGCCUUCCCCUUGCUGAACAUGCUGAUGAGAGCCUGGCUGUGAAGGACAGGCAGCUGGCAGUCAUUCCUGACGAGCGUGUCCGUGACGUCUCGACCAUCCCUGCGGAGGAGCCGCCCAAGGAGGGACUGCCAGACCCUACGAUUGCCCCCAGCCCUUCCGAUGAGCUCGGCGAUGCCGGCAAGCCCCCAGCUGCGCUGAGCGGGGACAACCUAUGCAGCCAAGCCCUGAAUUCCAGCACAGCUCCCUGGAGCGAUGCACCGAGUGCGCUGUGUGGACGUGGAGAGCAGCAAGAGAACGGGGCACAGCCAGACGGCGUUGCAGGCAACAUGGGACUUGCCGGAGAGACGCUUGGGGACAGCUUGGAGGGGAAAGACAAGGAUCGUGCGCCCUCUGCAGAAACGUGGGCGCCUGCUCGGAGCAAAGCUGCUGGCAGAGCUGGCCUGGAGUCACCGUGCAGCCAGGGACUGUCACUAACCUUGUCCCCUGACUCCAGCUCUGUCUGCCUGACAUCUCUUGAUGGAGCAACAGAUCCUGGGGCUGCUCCAGAGGACCAGGAGGCCGUGGCAAGCAUCCAAUCUCCAUCACAGAGCGACCUGGGAGGGAGCAGCUGCUUUUCCCAAAGGUGCGGAGGCAACAUUUAUGCUGACCUCGCUUUGCUGAGCACUGGCGAAUCAAAUCAAGAAGGGAACAAGGUUUUGGUGGAUGAACAGCGUAGCAGCCCUUCUGCCAACCAGACAGAUGUGCUGGAUGAAUCCUUGGGAGCGGGUGAUAGCCAGGGCUUUGCCUUCGUCUGUAUGGCCUUAGCAGGUGACUCUGAAGCCGGGGAGAGUGAUGAUGUGUGCCUCGGUGCAGAGGAGUCCCCCAAGAGCGAUGAAACGAACACGGGGACGGUGACCAACCCACCACAGGAGCCAGAGACCUCUCUUCAUGACCUGCUGGAAUCAGAGCCCUCCUCCUCGGUGAAAGAUGGGGUGUCUGCCAUGAAGGAGCACCCCAGGCAGCAGCAGAGCUCCUCAAACAGCCUGUCCCCACCUGCCUGCGGAGGCUCAGCUCCUGCUUCUCCCCCCCAGCAGAUCCCUCUCCCCUGUGGCGGAGACGCAGACCCCCCCCACCAUUUGUUAGAGCAAAGCAAGCGGGACCCAGUCCUGUGCCAACACGGGAAGUCCUGCGAGCAAGUGGGUGCCGCAGAGGUGAGUGUGGCUACCGAGAGCCCAGACGGUUCCUUAAAGCCCAGAUGUGCAGAAGAGGUGAAAAAAGACACGGGUCUGUGCUAUGCAGAGAGCUCCCCCGUGGAUGUGCUUGUGCCAGGUGACCCGGGAUCGAUGCCUUCUUCUCCUCUGCAUGGUCGCAAGGCAGGUCUGCACAGCACUGAGCCGGACUCAGUCCUUGGUGUGCACCCCAAGACGCUCUCUCCCGGCACGAGUCUGGCUCCAGAUGCUGCCCGAUGGUCCUGCUGCGUGGGCACCUGCCCCAGGUGUGCCAGCCCCAGGGAUCAAGCAGUGGAUGUGGUAGGGAGCCACGAGAAGGAACUUAUGCUGCCCAAGGAUUUGGAAGGAGGAAGCAGCAUCCCUCUUGCCAGUCCUGUAUCUUUUUCAGCAGGGGAGUUGCUCGUGCCACUGUGUGGGCUCCAGUCUGCGUGCAACCAGGGUGAGCGUGAGGCCGAGGGAUCCGACGCUUUCGCUGAUCUGCACCGUGCCAGCAUGGAGGUGGGAGAGGGAGAAAUCCCCGCUCUCCCCUUCCCGAUGCUGCCGUUACGUGCACGCAGGGGAAUCUCUGGAGAGAGCCUGGAGCUUAGUGACACUGAGGAUAUUUCAGACAUGCUCCCGAGGGCAAAGCAGCUCCCCAGCAGAGACAGAUGCAUGGGCUUGACCUUUGAAGAUCUGUUUGAGUCUUUCUCUAGCGACUCAGACCAGGAGUAUUUUGGGGGGACAGCACAGUCCCUGCUCACAGCCAGGGGUUCCCAUAGCACGAGAUCCAUGGUUGCUGCAGGCACAAGGACUAACUGCGACUCCUCUUCCACCAGCUCAGCGCACACGGAGGGGCGCAGCGAGGACUGGGGCUCCCUGGGUGUGGAGGGGGGCUGCUCGCAGGCUGACCUCAGUUGGCCGAUCGGCCUGGGGGGAACUAGCAGCGGGCACGUUCCACCAUACGUCAGUAUUAGGGACAACCAGGGGAUCGCCAAGGACUACCGGAACAUCGUGGUCACCAAAAAGUGUCAGGAAAGAAUGGGAAAUUUGCGGCCUUUGAAGAGGCGCAGCCGCUGUGCACAGCAGUCUCACUUGUUACAGUCACUGAGGAGGACUUGGAGGGGUUUCGAGGAAAUCACCCAGCACACUUUGAACAUGGAGUGUCUCCGUUUCCAUUAUAAGCUAAAACAAAUCCUAAGGAGCAGGAAACCAUCCUUUUCUACCUCCAAAAGCAUCUUUCCAAAAGACUUUUCUCCCCAGGCGAUGUCUGAGACAUCGCCUGUGCAAGAAGCUCCCGUCCCGCUCUCGCUGCAGAGCAGGAGCCCUUUGCAGGUGACAGUCCUGCCCUCCGACACAUGGCCGAGCGGGCUCGGCUGGCACCAGCGAAGCAGGUGGCAUGGGAACCCCUGUACCCCGUGGCAGCACACCCUCUGCGACGAGAGGAGCAGGGCCAGAUCCCAAACCCCGAGCCAGCGCUUUGCGCCUCCCUUCCACCUCAGCAAGCUCAAAUACAUUGAUAAGCUAAAGGACUCGCAGGGGGACAUCGCCAUCAUCCUUGAUGAGUACGCCGAGUUGAACAGGGUGAUGCUGAGCCAGGCUGAUGCAGAGAGCAAGGGCGGAGGGACAGACCCGGCGCACGGGGAGGCCGUGAGCGAGUGGACGUGCGCGUCCCUCCCCGGGAAGAUGGCCGGCGUCGAGGAGAUGAUUGCAGACCUCUGCAGCACGCUGCGUUUCUGCCUGCACAGCGUGGCCGAGGAGGCCUGUGGCCGCCCUGGCAUGUUCUACCUGGUGGUGACAGGCGAGGACCCUUUCUUUGCAAGAGUGAAGACCUUGCUGAAGAAAGACGGCCGCGUGGAGAUCGAACCUCUGAGCUUCUGCGAAGCAAAGCACUCGGACGCUGACAGGUUGCUUGUCGUCAUCAGGAAUGAGGACAUUUUCUCACACAUCCACAAUGUCCCGUGCUUGCUGAAGCUAAAGCACUGUCCGAACGUGAUGUUCGCCGGACUGGACAGCCCCGAAGAUAUAACAGGUCACACGUACCAGGAGCUGUUUCAUACCGGUGGCUUCGUGGUGUCGGACGAUGAGGUGUUGGAAACGGUAACGCUGGGCCAACUGAAAGAGGUGGUGAAGGUGCUGGAGAAGCUGAACAGAAGCGGGAGGUGGAAGUGGCUCCUUCACUACAAGGAGAGCAAGAAGCUCAGAGAAGACGCCAGGGUGGACGCCAACGCCCGCAAGAAGCACUUGAUCCUCAAAUCGUGUCAAGGCACCGAUCUCAUCGAGGUGCUGCACUACCACGCCUGCGACUUCGGGUCGGCCCCCAAAGCCGAGUACGUCAAGUGCUUGUUGAACCUGCAGGUUCAGCGCGUCAGCACCAGGUUCGCUGUGUAUCUCACAGAAAAGCCCAGCGGCAGCAGGGAGGCCCUUGAAAGCAAAGGAAUCCUCGUAGCUGAUGUCAAAACCUUCCUUGGGACUGUGGAGAAAGCGGCUGCUCCGUUUAGAAGAAGCUACUGGUAA